ACUUUGAACCAACUGUUGCUCUCCGAAGUGAAUAAUUGUUACCACAACUACAAGAGAUUGUUGUUACACCUAGCAUCUUCACUUCUUUCACCUGGUCAACAUCCUCGACCUUUAAAGAUGUCCAAAUAAAAUCUCCACACCACAUUUCUACACCACAACCCCAGAUUGAAGAGAUGUCUCGAAGUAUUUUGAUCCUUGCUUUCAUUGUCGCCAUUUGUUUUGCAAACAACGUCACUUCCAAAAAGAUUGCGCUUACUGGCUUCAAGCAUAAGAGUCCUUCUCCAACCAAAACCUCCAUUUCGUCAAGCCUCAAAGUCUCCACGAGAGCACCUGCGCCAACUACCCCUCCACCAAAACCGCAUUUUCCGACAUUUCAAGUCGUCAAACGAGAAACAGUGGUCGAAUCAUGCGGCAACUAUCAAAUUCCGAAUUUUGAUCUCGAAUUAUUCAUCGGAGAUACUUGUCUGGUUGACGAAAAUGGAUUGAUGUUCGGAACUUGCUAUACUGGUAUUUCAGAUCCGAGGAGUUGUGGUUGGCCAGGGGUCUGCGUCGACGAACAUGCCUGUACAAGUAGUUGUGGAAGAACAUCAGUUCCAAACAUAAGUGCUACAACUUGUGGUGGGAAUGACGAUGGAAAUGAUUAUUGCGCCAUGUGGUAUCUCGUAUCGGAUACAUAUGUCUAUACAUCCAUCACAUGUAGUGAUAAACAGAGCUGGAAAACUUGGGAAGCCACUUUCGUUACGCCAAUUUCUGUAGAUCUCGCUACUUAUUUUUCUACCACUACAGCAAGGUCAGAAACCUCAGAAACGUCAGCAACGCCAACGCCUACAGUGUCAUCAAAAAUUUCAAGCAUACUGACCAUCUCAAUUGGAAGCCCAACCGACGAAGGUAACAGCACUGUCGAUACAUAUUCUCCAGAUAGUAUUCACUCCUUGGGCGCCAUCAUUGGCGGAAUUUUUGGCGGAAUUGGUGUUGUCUCAAUUUUGGGGGUUCUUGUCUGGCUCUUUCAUCGUCGCAGAGAGUCAAAUAAAAGAGCCAGCAGAGCACUUGCAUACGAUCCUGGACAUUCUUCCUCUGAAGAUCAUGACUUGCCCAAUGCAAUGAGUGCUAUUCAAGCGGAAUCUGUUCAUCACUCUGUCAGGUCGUCGAAGCCCCCCGGAAGUCCCAGCCAAGGAUACGUUCCGACGGGAUAUACAGAUAGUCCACUUGGUAGUCCGAACAUUGAUAAUGGCAGUAUACAUACUGGUGGAAUAUUGACACCAAGCGCUAUGAGUCCAAGCAUGAGCCCAAGUUUCAUGGCACUGGGUGACGCACAAAGUAUGCAUAGUGCCUAUGCUGAUCAGCCUUUGUAUGAAAUGCCUGCCGAUCCCAUCAGACCUAGAGAGUUACCAGCAUGAAAUUCAAGCGUUGUUUGACUGUGCAUCGUCUACGGAGUUUGGGACCAUUUCAAUGGGGGAUUUUUGAAGGGUGCACUGUACGUAUGGAGUUUUUCGGAAGUUGGAGCUUGUCAAUGGGUCGAGCCUUUCGAAGAAUCAUAUUUGGAGUUUUCUAGGACUGCUUAUUUCAUGGUUGGAGGGAAAUGGACAUACAGUUUCGUUUCGACAUAGUUUCGAAGAUAGGGGAUAAUAGAUUCGUAAGGUAGUUCUCGGAAUUUAAUCAGGAUUAUUCAGAGUCUUCUCCAUGGAGUUGUCUCUUUGGGUAAUCCUAUGAUACAGAUUUCAGAUUUCCUAGUUAAUUAGAUGAUACAAAACGAUGAAUAAUUAGGGUUUAUAAACUCAAAGCAUAAUAACUUCAUGUACAAUUCCAAGCUCACUUGUUUCGAGAGUAAAGAGAUGAGCAUAUAUGUGAUUGAGGUGGAUAGCAUGCCACUGACUGUGAAAUC